CGGCGGGGGCGGCGCCGCGGCCCCGCGGAGCCCAGGUGCGCGGGGCCGGGGCGGCGGGGCCGGGCCGCGCCGGGCCGCGCUGAGCCCGCUCUCGCCGCCGCCGCCGCCGCCGCCCCUCUCCGAUGUCCCAGGCCAGCAGCCACCGGCCGAGCCGCCCGGAGCCCCGCCGCGCCGAGCCGCCCCCGCCGCCAGAGGAGGAUGAGCCCCCGCGGCAGCCCCCGGCGGCAGCGCCGGCCGAGCAGCGGCCCCCGGCCCGCCCCGCUCCCGGCCCCGCGGCAGCCAAGAAGGAGAAGCUCCCGGAAGACGACGAGUCCCAAAAACUGCUGACGAACGGAGCGGGCGCUGCCGAAGCUGUGACGUGCCAGCCCCAGGGGCGAGCGGCCCCGCAGGGCCCCCAGCCGCCCGGCCCCUCUGGCCGCCUGCUGCAGAACGGCGCCGGGCGAGGGCCGGACGCCGGCGGCACCCACGGGGACCCGGGCAACGGCCUCUUCCGCCCCCUCCCCAGCUCGCAGAAGGCCCCCCGCAAGCUGCAGUCCCACCACUCCAUCAACAGCCAGGGCAGCAAGAAGAGCAAGGGCAGCUCCAAGUCGGCCUCGUCCCACAUCCCUAUUGAGGCUCAGGAAGACUGCUGCGUCCACUGCAUCCUCUCCUGCCUCUUCUGCGAGUUCCUGACGCUCUGCAACAUCGUGCUGGACUGCGCCACGUGCGGCUCCUGCACCUCCGAGGACUCCUGCAUCUGCUGCUGCUGCUGCAACUCGGGCGAGUGCGCGGACUGCGACCUGCCCUGCGACAUGGACUGCGGCAUCAUCGACGCCUGCUGCGAGUCGGCCGACUGCCUGGAGAUCUGCAUGGAGUGCUGCGGCCUCUGCUUCUCCUCCUGAGCGGCCGGGGGCUGCGCCGGCUCGGCGGGGGGCCGGCAGCCCCUUCCCCUGUCCCGUCCCGCCGAGGACCCUGCGGUGAAACGCCGGAAGGAGGAGCAGAGCGGAGGAGCUCGGUCCCCCCUCGCCGGGGGAGGGCAGCCCUGGGGCCACGGGCGCCCGGGACGGACGCACGGACGCUCACGCUCUACCUCUUCCCCUCGUGCCGGGAACCGCGGGAGCCUCCUGCCACCUGAGCCGCGAGCAGGAGCCGGCCGGGACGUCCCCGUGCCCGGGGAGGCCGGACCCGCUGCCCACCGGGGCGGUGAGGGGGUCCGGGGUGCCCGGUUACGGCUCCCUCCCCAUCCUCCGCUGUCGGACGCAGCUUCUCCUCCCGGCCCCGUCUCGGUGCUGAGAUUAGCAGCCAAGUGCAAUAAACAGCCCGCUCCCCCCGCCCCCCCGGCCGGGAAGAGGCUUCUCCUUCUCCGGGCACCCGGAGCCGAGGACGGGGCUGGUGCCUGGGCAAGGGUGGGAAAAAAAAAUCUGUCUUUCUGAGGGGCUGGGUGGAAGGGGAGGGAGAAUAAGUGUCAUGGGGGUGGGUUUUUGUCCCUUUUGUUACUGUAAAUAAAGGUCUUUCUUCAUUUCUGGCCGGCGGCUGCGGCGUCGCAUGUGCCGCGGGGUGUUUUCGGGGCUCCGACCUGCCUUCCGCGACCGGGGGAGCCGAGCCGCUUUCCUGCCGCGUGGAGCCGCUUCCUCCAGGGAAAAGCAACCCGGGGGCUGCCGCAUCCCGGCUGCUGGGGGGGCCGAGCCGGGGCGAUGCCAGCGGCUGCCCGGCCGGUCCUGCCCCCGCGGCCGUGCCGGGCUGCGAUGCAGCGGGGAGGGAAAAACGCUUAAAACCGCAGCCAAAUGGGUCAGUUGGUCGGAGCGCCGCGGGCCGGUGUGGGAGCCGGGCUGCCUGCCCUCCGGGGCCGCGGCUCAGCCCUGAAAACCUAUUUUUAGCCGUGAGCUAAAGGCAGCCGGAGGCCGGCUCGCUGCCGCGCACGGCGGGAAGAGGAGGGCGCGGGCAGCCUUCCUCCCGCCUCCCUCGCGGCGCCGAGCAGCGGGUGCCGCUGGAUGCGUGCGGUGCUCCUGCCUACGGACAUGCCGCGGUGACGGCUGCGUGCAGAAAUGCAAAUAGAGCGGGGGCGCAAAGAGUUAACCCUGCUGCCUGGGAAUUAAUUAACAACAGAUGUGCUCAGCUUUUAACUAAUUAAUCUCCUGCGGACACUCGGUUUUUACCGCUCCCUGGGCAGCGUCUCGGAGCCGGGCAGCACGGGCACCCGGUGCUGCUGCCCGCCCACCUUUGCAGCCCGGCUGCUGCCGCUGCAGGGCUUUGGGAUGCACAUGGUCGUUUAUUGAAGCAGUCCAACGAAACGGGCACAAAUUCAUUAAAUGGUCGGGUCGCCCACGAGGGCGUUGCUCGGCGGGCGUCUGCAAGGAGGGCUGGCGAUGAGGGUCGCCGCGGGAGGAGGAAGGCCCUGCACGGGAUGCUGGCUCUGGUCCCGUGCGGGAUGAGCCCGUGUCCCAGCGCCUUGGACGCACCUCUGCUCUCCGUGGUGAUUGCUUUCAACAGCCUGAGCUAUUUCUGUCUGCAACCAUGAUCAAUAAAGUGAGGGUUUUUUUUUUUAA